AUGCGCCAUCUUCUCCGCCUCCGCCUCCCGCUGCCACCGCUCCGGCUCCGCCCAAACCCAACUACCACCAAAUCCUUCUUCCCCUUGUCCUCCUCUUCUUGGUCAAGCACGCGCACCAGCCCCACCAACCACCACCACCACAAGCAGCAGAUGUCGCCGUCCUCCUCCUCCGCGGCCGCGGUCGCCGAGGGCUCCGCCGCGCGCCGCUUCUGGAUCGCCGCCGCCACGCGGGAGGCCGCCUUCGCCGCCUACACGCCCUUCCUCGUCGCCCUCGCCGCGGGCUCCCUCCCGCUCGACUCCUUCCGCCACUACCUCGCGCAGGACACCCACUUCCUCCACGCCUUCGCGCGCGCCUACGAGAUGGCCGAGGAGUGCGCCGACGACGACGAUGACAAGGCCAACAUCACCGCCCUUCGACAGGCCGUACUACGCGAGCUCAACCUCCACUCCUCCGUACUCCAGGAGUGGGGAGUUGAUCCUACAAAAGAGAUCCCUCCAAACCCAGCAACAACCAAGUACACCAAUUUCUUACUUGCAACUGCAGCUGGAAAAGUCGAUGGUGGGAAAGGUUCUGAUAAAAUGGUCACGCCAUUCGAGAAGACAAAAAUUGCUGCAUACACUGUUGGGGCCAUGACUCCGUGCAUGAGGCUUUAUGCAUAUCUGGGCAAGGAACUCGGCUUUCUCCUGAAACAAGAUGAAAAUCACCCAUACAAGAAAUGGAUCAACACAUAUGCGGCAACUGAUUUUGAGGGUAAUGCACUUCGAAUAGAAGAGUUGCUUGACAAGCUAAGUGUCUCGUUAACUGGCGAGGAGCUUGAGAUUCUUGGGAAGCUCUACCAACAAGCUAUGAGACUGGAAGUUGCCUUUUUUUCCGCUCAGCUCCUAGACGGACCUAUUGUAGCUCCACUUACAAGAUAUCGUGAUCCCAAAGACAAGCUUGUCAUCUUUUCUGAUUUUGACUUGACAUGCACUGUUGUUGAUUCAUCUGCCAUUCUGGCAGAGAUAGCGAUUUUGUCACACCAAAAGGCUAGUCAGAGUGGUUCCGAUAAUCUCGUUAACCGUACAAAAUCAGCAGACCUCAGAAAUUCAUGGAAUAUGCUAUCUAAUCAGUACACAGAAGAGCACGAGCAAUGCAUUGAAAGAUUACUUCCUCCAGAAGAAGCGAAGUCACUAGACUAUGAUCAACUUUACAAAGGUUUGGAAGUGCUAUCAGAAUUUGAGAGACAAGCAAACUCCAGGGUUAUUGAUUCUGGUGUCCUGAGUGGAAUGAACUUAGAUGACAUCAGAAAAGCUGGGGAGCGGCUUAUUCUGCAAGAUGGUUGUCGGAAUUUCUUUCAGAAAAUUGGAGAGACAAGGGAGAACCUCAAUUUAGAUAUCCAUAUUCUUUCCUAUUGCUGGUGUGCAGAGCUUAUCAGAUCAGCCUUUUCGUCAGUUGGUUGUCUGGACGGAUUAAACCUACAUUCCAACGAGUUUGUCUUCGAGGGAUCUGUUUCAACUGGUCAAAUCAACAGAAAAAUAGAGUCUCCAUUAGACAAAGUUGAGAAGUUCAAGAGCAUCAAAAGUGACCUGGACAGUACAACACCAUCAUUGUCUGUUUAUAUUGGGGACUCUGUUGGAGAUUUGCUCUGCUUGUUGGAAGCAGAUAUUGGUAUUGUUGUUGGAUCAAGCACAACCUUGCGAAGAGUGGGCAAACAGUUUGGUGUUUCUUUUGUUCCAUUGCUCCCUGGUUUGAUAGAGAAGCAAAGGCAGCUCGGGAAGCAAGAGGCGUCCGUCUUCAAGGCGCGGUCUGGAGUUCUUUAUACAGUUUCUAGCUGGUCAGAGGUGCAGGCUUUCAUUCUGGGAAAUGAUUUCAGCUGAUUGUUGCUGGCUGCCCUUAUCACUCUCUUUUUUUUCCCGUUCGCAAACAAGACCGGUACCAGCUCAUGCACAUGAGACGCAAAUCCCCGAUGUGGCCAUUUUAAGAAAGCCACAUGCCAAUCCACCUCCUAUAUGAACCUGUAUUUUGCAAUGGUUUUGUUUGUAUGAUCAAUGUGUCAUUGAUCACACUCUGAGUUGUCUUUCCAUCUGGGACCAUUUCUUAUAAUUUUGGGAGUGGUUCCUGUCCUGGCAUUGCAGCAGAACAGAGUGAUAUACUGCCCCGAGGUGUAGCUGUAGAGAAUUUUUUUUUGGCAAUGAAAUUUGAGAUUGCUAUAGGCUUCUUUGUUUGGUACUCCCAUGUUAUCCUGUGACUGAUCAUGUGCUAGUAGUAAUAAGACGACUGGAGAUGGUAUUUUUAAUAUAUAUAAAAAUCAUGAAUAAGGAAA